CGGUCGAACACAGCAAUCAAUUCUAACGACGAGACUUCGAGGUUUGCGGAAUAAGAGAUUGUAACUACUUAACAAAGUAAUAUCACAAACGCAGACGUAUCAUCAAAGGACCAAGUAUCAUAUCGAAAUUAGAUCACAAGGUUCGAUCUCUUCUCCUCGCCUGUGUAGAUCACAAUUGUACAACAUUAGAAUUCGGCAAGGAUAAGGCGUAAACAAUUGAGCAGCCCAACCUAUUCGGGAAGCACACAGGGAAAGGUGACGUCUCGAACGAGAGAACCAAUGAUAUCGUUCUCAUGACGAAUCCUUCGCGAGAUGUUCGACCUGAGGAUCGGCCUCCCGGCCUAGACUAUUCUGAUCCUAGGUCAGCGCGUGGCAGUAGUCAUCAGGCGCAUCCAGCAGUGAGCCAAAUCGGCGGGCCCAGAUUACGGAGGACUCGGGCCUCGUCGUCGAGGAGAAGAAUGCACUUGGCCAACGAGGUCCCUCCUCAAGGUUCCGCCGGCGGAAAUCAUCUUCCCGAUUACGCUCUCACCGCUGAUUUACUUGCCGAGAGGACACUGGACGGGCUUCUCGCCGAACAUCCCGGGGAACUUAUUCGAACAGGUUGUCCACAUGUCGUGUGCACGGUAUUGCCAUCACAUUGGAGGUCAAACAAGACUCUUCCGGUAGCCUUCAAGGUAGUAGCCCUCGGCGAAGUCGGAGACGGUACCCUCGUAACUGUCCGGGCCGGAAACGAUGAGAAUUGUUGCGCGGAACUACGAAAUUCUACUGCCCUAAUGAAAAACCAAGUCGCCAAAUUCAAUGAUCUUAGGUUCGUCGGUCGAAGUGGUAGAGGGAAAAGCUUCACUCUAACCAUCAUGCUGCAGACGUCGCCGCCGCAGGUGGCCACCUUGUCGAAGGCGAUCAAGGUGACCGUGGACGGCCCAAGAGAACCACGUUCGAAGACAAGACACCAGGCUUUUCAUCCCUUUCACUUCGGACCUCGUCCAUUCCCCUUCGGACAUCCGCAGGACCCGUUGGGAUUCAAACUGUCGGGAUUGCAACACCUGGGUCUGGAGCAAGGAGCGGGCCAGGGAUGGGGUGGGUUACCCCGAGGAUCUCUACCACCGCACUGUCUUCCACCACCCCCCGGUCACCAUCCGCACACACAUCCACAGCCAGUUGGUGCAUCGGCCUUCAACCCCUUCCAUCAUGCUAUCGAACAGAGGUCCCCGAGACUACCUGGACCUAAUACUGAAUCUUCGAGAAAUGACCUGGGUCCCAUCAGCGUGUCGGUGAGAGAAGUAACGCCGACAACGUCACCUGGAAAUCCCGGACCGGGCUUGCUGACGACGGCUUCUGUGACGGCGCCAACGCCUCCUGCCGAGUCGACCACUACCACCACGACGCCCAGCCCGUCUGGACACUCGCAUUUUCAAGGUCUUCAUUUGCUGGGUGCCACAGGAUCCAUUUUCGGAUCGAUAUUCGCGCCAUUGUUACCGCAGUCCUCCUGGCUCUACAACCCCCUGUAUCACACGCAACAGUACAUCCUGGAGCCGGAAUGGCACGCUUUGGCCUUGAGAAUGGCUCAGCAGCGAUUGCAGAGACCAGAUCACGCCCGAUUGGAGGAACUCAGGAAGCUCAGAAGCAGCAGCGACAGUCCUGAGAGCAGUACGAAGGACGAAGAGCGGAGGGGAGACGAUCAAGGCGCUUUACGUCGAUCCGGACUAGAUAGUCCGGACGAUAGUAUCGAGGUUGACGAUAAGAACGAUCAAGAUCUGAAUAGAGAUCGCAUUAGAAGCGACGAGUCUAUACCUGAGCAAGAUUCCCCAAGAAUCUCGCCGAUCAGAAGUGACUUGGAGGACGCGGCGUCCACAGACGCUACUUUCCAAGAAGCAUCGAUUCAUUUACGGCAGAGCAUAGAGAAUCUAAACGACUCGGAUCUACAGAUCGACCAGGAUCAGAUCGUUCGCCGCGGUGACCUAACUGUAAAAAUCCGUCUAGAAGGCACGGUCGAUCUUAGCACGAAGAAGGGUCAAGAUAAGGAAAAUGUCGGUCAGGAUCUGACGACGCGAAGAAAGGAGGACGGGAUAGACGUUGAGAGAGAGACCGUCAGAUCACGAAGAGAGAGAAGUCCCAAACCUAGACAAGUGUGGAGACCUUACUAGAGCCAGUACGUGGUUUGCUUCGAGGAAUCAACGUACGAGAAUCCUUCGAACGCGACGAUUUUCGAACGAAUUCGAUGAUCAAGACGGGGGGAUUUAAUUGUUGAAGAAGUACGAAUCGAUCUAAGUAUGGAUCUAGAUAAAUUUUAUCAUAUAUUCUAUUCACAGAAGAAGACUUCAUUUUGCUGAGAAAUCAGCAGAUAUUGAUUAUUAUCUUAUCUCGAGAUAAUCCGAGAUUAAAAGUGGGAGCUUGCACGAUGUUAUAGAGUAGUUUAGCAAUGCUAAGCGAUAUAUCAUCAUCGUCGUCAAGUUGUCGAGAGAUAAACGAAAACAAACCCGCGGAUGCUCGCGAACAUCUCGCGCAAUGUAACGCGGUAAUUGUCUGCUUGGAAAAUAAUUAUCAAAACUCUCGGACGAACUUCUUUGUCGAAAUUACGUGUCUCUUCGUAUGCCCGUUGCGGUAUCGUCUAAGAACUGUCAUGGACUCGUGGACUAACCAGGGUUUACGUUCGCAUAUAGUAUGUACAUAUAUACAAUGACGUCCGAUUAUUAUACAACUUAAUGUUCCAAGUAAACGUUAAGCAGCACACUACCCUCUCGUCAUUCCUCGAUUAUAUUUAAACUUCCUGAAUGUCUUAUCGACUACACGAGUACGCUAUCGAUGCGCGCGCAACAUGAUAUAUCUUAACGUAGAAAAACGAAUUCCUCAAAUUGGAAUGUAUUUGUUAUUUGUUUCUUUUUUUCAAAGUUACUUUGUUUCUGUUCUCCGAAAAUGUUAUACCGUCGACUUCAGGAAAGAAUGCGUAAAAAAAUACUCGUGUGGCAGAUGACAUUUUUUCGGGUAAAAGCGAAAUUACGCGAGUAACCUACCUAUUGUAAAUAUCAUCAUAUUAAAAGGUCCUGGCCAAGUCACAUUCUUUAUCAAGCCAUUGUCUCUUUUUUACGAGACAACGUCAUUUUUAAGAGACGCAGAGAUAUCGAUAUCCAUAGAAAGAGUGUCGUUAUGUAAUUAUCGUUUACAUAAUCUACGAGUCGUUUUGACGACGCUGUAUGUACGCGUGACUACUGGCCUUAAUCAAAAUCACUCAUUGUUUAAGUACGUCAUCAAAUAAAGUAAUAUCAUUCGUUCCAUGA